AUGACACCCCUCCAUCAUUUAUGUGCUUCAUAUUAUUUUGUACGAAUUUCAGGUGGCACUGUAGUGGCUGCUCUGAGCCUUUUAAAGGAUCGUGGAGUUGGCAACAAGCAGAUAAAAGUGAUAUCAGCUGUAUCUGCUCCUCCGGCUCUUCAAAAGCUGAGUGAGCAGUUUCCUGGGCUUCAUGUCUAUACUGGAAUAAUUGACCCUGAAGUUAAUGAAAAAGGGUUCGUGCCCCAACAAUAUUAUAAUUUAGUUAUGCUUAAACUAUUUUGUUUGAUCCUUUUAACAUUUCAAGUUUUGGUCUCUACAGUUUUUGUGGCAGUUUUUAUAACUGUCAAAUUUUCACAAAAAUAG